AAUUAGUUAAAAUAUUUACAUAUAAUUUUUGAAAAUUAAGAUUUUGUUACAAUCUUUUUAAACAGAUUUUAGAAAUUUUUAAUAUAUAUAUAUAUAUUAAAUAUAUAUUUUAAAUGAAAUGAUAUCAAAAGAUAUUAUGAUUAAAAUAGUUCAAAGAUUUAAUAUAUUAUUAGCUUUAUUAAAAUUUAUUUAAUAAAAUUUCUCAAGGGUGGUCCAACUUAAAAAUCGCACAUGAAAAAAAUUGUGAUUUUUAUUUUAAUAUAAUAGAUUUCUGAAUUUAAAAUUUUGAAUGAUAAAUCUCAAAUUUGAUGUUUCUUAAUUCAAAACUGUAGAUUUGAAGUUUAAUAUUUUUUAGUCUUACUUUUUAGAUUGCCUUGUCUCUUCUACUCAUCACCCUUAACACAAUAUGCAACCAAGCUUCUAAUGAGAAAGAUGAAGUUGGUUCUUCACCCUGCUCUUUCAUGUACUUCAUCGUAUCGACAAUAGUUUUACACAUCACUUAGCUUCUCUGCUCAUUUUUUGCUCACUGCAGUUUCCAACAACUUUGUCACACAUCUAUUGGCACUUUUAAUAUUCUUGUGGUUAAAUGCUAAGGUUAAAUCUUCAUGUGACCUUAAUUGGAUGCUUCCUUUUGUAUGCGUGUGAAAGGUGUUGACCUUCUGUGAUCAUUAUUUUGUUUUCCACUGAGACGUUCCUUGGUGAGAAAAUAGAACGAUGUGGACCAAGUCUUUCGUUUAAUAGACUUGAAGCUGCUUAUUAAUAUUAUAGUGAUAAACCCCAAGGACCAUUCAAACGUGACAUAGCGUGACACAGAUGAAGUCAAAGUCAAUGAAGGACAACGACCAUUAAUUUAAUCGAAUACUAAAUUAUUACAGAUCUUUGAUCUUCUUUCUUCUACUGCCAACAAAAAAAAAGAGAGUGCUUCAUAAUCAACAGAGAUGAAGAUAGACAAGAAGCUUAGUGUCGUUGAGCUACUAAAACGAGCUGUGAAGUUACUCUUGAGCAACAUCAAUCUAGCACUCAUCAUCUUCCUCUGUUGUCUCCCACUGUUCUGUUUCUUGAUCUUCUUUGAGCUCUCCCUCCAAACAACCCUCUCUUUCACUUACCAUUUCCUCUCCAAACAAGUCAACGUCGGGAAGGAUUUGCCGGAGAAUGAUCUGUUUCUCCAAACCACCACCAACUAUCUCACUUACCAAUCGCUUUACCAACAACGCAAUAUUUGGGAGGACUUGUCUGAAAACGAUCUGAUUCCAUGGCUGAUCAAGACAUCUCUUCUCUACUUCUUCCCCUACACCAUUCUCGACCUCCUUACCACCACCAUGAUCGUUGCAGCAUCUUCCACUGUUUACACGUCCAAGGAAGAACCGUUGGGGUUGAUUGAUCUGGUAGAUAGAUCUAUCAAGAUAUGUCGGAAGAGACUAGGAGGUUGUCUGGUCACAACUCUUUAUGUUCUUCUCUUGUCAACCUCUGUGUUCCUUUUCUUCCUUCCUCUUUGUCUUUUGUUUUUCUUCGGUUUCUUCUCUCAUUGGGCGGACAGCUUAAACAUUGUUGGUCUCAUACACGAACGCCAAACCUUCCUCGACCUAGUACCGUUUCUGAUCUACGCGAUGGUGGUCCUUGUUCAGGCAACCCUCUUCAUGUACCUGACUGCAAAGUUCAUUAAGUGGAGCGCAGGAUGGAACAUGAGUUUGGUAGUUUCUGUCUUAGAAGAAGGAGAAGAUGGUGAAGAAGGCGUAUAUGGAAGCGAUGCUUUGUCUCUUGCAGCUUGGUAUCGAAAAGGUCACGAGACGCGUGAUGUCUGGAUGAUGUUGAUGUUCUUGAUCUUUGCUCUAACUACGAGGAUGCCGUGUUUAUACUCAAAGUGCAGUUUAAGUUCAAAUGGAAACAGAAUGUUGUACACUGGUCUCUAUGUAGGUUUGAUUUGUUUUGGGAAUGUGCUUAAAUGGUUGGCUUGUGUUGUACGUUACCAUGAUUGUAAAGCUAGGCCUUUGAGAAAGAAGGCUGAUGUAGAACAAGCUAGGCCUCCAGCUACUGAGAUCCCUCCAAAGGUUCUAGUCUUUAAAUAAAUGGUAAAGAGGCAUAAAGAAAUGAGACUUGUAGACAGGCUUUAUAAUAUGUAAUGUGUACUGAUGCUAUUGUGGCUGAAAGAAAAAAAAGUGGUUUGCA